GCGGCAGGCAGUGUAGAGCGGGCGCGGCGGCCGGCCGCGCGGCGUCAUGGGCAACAAAGUGGUCACCUUCACGGAGCAACAGUUGGAGGACUAUCAGGACUGUACGUUUUUUACAAGGAAGGAAAUAUUAAGGGUGUUCAAACGGUUCAGAGAGGUGAACCCCGAGCUGGUGCCUAAACGGAUGACCGAGAACCAGGCGCACACUAUAGCGGUGCCGGUGGAAGAAAUUGAAAAACUACCUGAACUAAAGGAGAACCCUUUCAAGCGGCGCAUCUGCCAGGUGUUCUCCCACGACGGUUCUGGCAACCUGACGUUCGAGGACUUCCUUGACAUGAUGUCGGUAUUCAGCGAGGCCGCACCGAGGGAUAUCAAGGCUUGGUACGCCUUCAGAAUCUACGACCUCGACGACGAUAUGUACAUAGGCCGAGAAGACCUUCUAGAAGCGACGCGCCUCCUCACAAAAGGGGAGCUUCACCCCCAAGAGAGGGACGAGAUAGUGGCCAGUGUGCUGGAUGAGGCUGACGUGGAUGGAGACGGCCGACUCUCCUUCAUGGACUUCGAACACGUGGUCGUACGCGCCCCCGACUUCCUCUCAACCUUCCAUAUCAGAGUUUGAGAUAAACGUUUUUCAUGUUACUAUAAA